AUGGACAGCGGAUCCUUUAUGCGAAUAACGAGGCGAACGAGUGACAUUUUUUUUUUUACACUUUCUUUAUCACCAUAUGUUAGAGCGGACAUGGAUAGGUGUCUUUUUAAUUCCAAGCAAGAAAGCCUGAAAGGCAGGCUUUUGCACAAUAUAUGUACAAUGCAUUUUUUAUUAUAUAAAAUUAAAAUAAAAUGUUAUAUGCUUAAGGGUAUUUCAUAUAUGUAA